AAAACUAAAAAGCUAUAUUAAAAUCCAGCUAUGAUACGCUGUUUGUUUCCUUCAAUCGACGGACCUCGAUUUCCCUUGCUGUACCUUCAUAUUAAUCCAGCCUUUGUUUAUAAGGGUGACUCAAAAGAAAGAGAGAGAAGCAGAGCAAUAAAACCCCUACCCGCCCCCAAAGCCAAAGCAAGAAAGAGAAAGCAAAAACAGAGCAAGAGAAAGCAGCUGAAAGGAGAAGAGAAGAGAGAAAGCGAAUCCCACCCAAGUUGAAGAAGGAGGAGGAGAGAAAAGGGUUUUCAAGAUAGGGUGCUUCGGGGGAAGGAGUAGGUACAGCCGGCAGAAGAGUAGCGGUGAAACAAUGGAGACCGCUCAGCCACAGCCGCCGCCGUCGUCGCAGCCUCAGCCACAGCCACAGCAGAAGCAGCUGAAUCAGCUGAUGGUUCAGCAGCCCUCGGGGAGCCUGAGCUUCAGCAGUCAGAUGUCGAAGGAAGACGAGGAGAUGUCGAGGUCGGCGCUGUCCAAUUUCAGGGCUAAGGAGGAGGAGAUCGAGAAGAAGAAGAUGGAGGUGAGGGAGCGGGUCCAGGCUCAGAUGGGCCGGGUCGAGGAAGAAACCAAACGCCUCGCCUUGAUUCGUGAGGAGCUGGAAACUUUGGCAGACCCCAUGAGGAAAGAAGUAUCUCUUGUGAGGAAGAAGAUUGAUUCAGUGAAUAAGGAAUUGAAGCCACUAGGACAAUCAGUCCAGAAGAAGGAGAAAGAGUACAAGGAUGCUCUUGAUGCUUUUAAUGAUAAGAACAAGGAGAAAGUACAGCUCGUUACCAAGCUAAUGGAGUUUGAACAGCUGGUGACCGAAAGCGAGACACUAAGGCUGAAGAAGCUUGAUGAGCUGAGUAAGAGCAUAGACACAGCCCGCUGAUUUGAUCGAUCCAAUGCCUCUCUCCCCGGGGCUGAUGACUGAUUUUAGGGCUCUUUGUGCAAGUGUUACUGCUUGCUGCUGCUGAUGGUGAUGAAGAUGACUGUGGUUGUAUUUAAGUUGACCUUAUUUAUAUUCAUAUGAGGGUGUAUUUUCUUUUUCUUCUUCUUUUCAAUGGGGGGGUUUGGUGUAAUUCUAUAUCUUUUGUUUGUUUCUGUUAGCAAAUUUUAAUGGAGUUUCAUUAGUAGGUGGGUUUUUAGGAGGGGGUAACACAUUAUAAUGGACAGGGUUUGUAACUAGAAAGUGUUUAUUUUGGUUGUCCUCUCUCAACUUCUUAAUGGUUUUCCUUUUGUAGCUUCUUUCUGUGGUUUGUUCUGUGAAAAAGAAUGAGUUUGGUACAGUGUUCAAUCUCACUUUAUUGCAGCAUAGCUAAGUUUCAAUUUCCUGCUCUUAACUCAGGGUUUUGCUGGUUUAGUCUUUAUGACGAGAAUUUUGCUCGCUUCUAUGAAUGCAAACUUCAGUCCCAUGAGUAUUUUAGCCAUCCGUGUGGAUGGCUGACUCGAGUCAUUCCAAGUCCAGGUCCUUGGGAAUUGCUCCUAGAUUAGAUCCUUUUGUUGGUCCCUCGAGAUGCUGACUUAGUUUUGUGGACAUUUAGACUCGGAUCCUCUGAAGUCAAGAUCAAGGAGUAGGAUUGUUUGUGAACUUCAAUGGCAGUCAAAUCAAUGUGAUUAUUUGAUUACCUCUCAUUGCUCUCCUACAAGCUUUGCUACCAGGCAAGCUACCCUGCAGAGAGUUUCUUCAGCACUCGUGCAGUAUUGCUCAGGGUUCGUCGGAUGCUUCUGCAGUAUCGCUCGUCCCUAUGCUACACACAGGGCCACCAUUGUAGGCAUGAUAGAGCUUGGAAGCAGUAGAGAAAAGCUUUGAUCCGGUAAUGAGCGAGGUAGGGCGUGUCCUUUAGUAGCUGCUGUCAGUUGAGUAAGGGAAAACGAAGAAUAAAGUGGUAGGAAGUAAAGGAAACGUUGUACAGAAAGCCAUAUCAAGCCGUUCACAAAGGGCUAUUAUAAAGCCUUUGAUUCUUCUCAGUGCCGGAAAAAAGAAAAGGGCUUUUUGUUUACAAUAUGGGUCUCUCUUUACUCUUCGGCAAUCCAGAAUCACCUAACCAUCCAUGCAACAGCAGCCAACCCAAAAGUGGUGCAGUUUCCUUAGCAAUGAAAAUUCUCAAAGCAAUAAAGAUGUGUGUCACAAACUUUAAGCAUGAUCCUAGUUAGUUGUGUGUACAAAUUGUCUUUAUGGUUGGCAUGACAAAAAUGUUUGUAUGAAUCUGAAAGGGUCAGAUAUGAUAAAAUUUGAAAGAGCAACGAGAAAGAGUAAAAUCAGUGGGGAGCUAAGAAUCUGAAUUUGGUGAAGCUGACCUGAAUCGUGCUGAUGUCUUAUUGGCUACUCUAUUUCUUCUAUUUGUUACAAAUUUUACAUUUAAUUUUAUCUAAUAUUUUUCAUAUUUGAGAAAGACGGCCCUACUGACUUUAACCUACCUCCUACACUAAAUAAAAUUCAAUUAUCAAGAAUUGACUAAAGUGAUAGGAGAUGAAGUUUGUAUAAUGUGUUGUUCGAAUUCAAAUAUUAAAAAGACCAAACAAUAUAAACCCAACAUACACAAAUUUGAUAGCUACAAUUCGAGAAAGACUUACCCCAUCCUCUCAACAAUUAAAUUAUUUAAACAUG